ACUAUGUAAAGAGACUCCAGGAGCCAUCCUGGUUCAGUCUUCUCUAGACCAGAGAGAGUGAGCUUCCAUACCCUCUGCCUCCAGAUACUGCUACAUCGAUCACCUCCAGGACUUGAGGAUCAGACUCCAGAGCUGAACUGAGCUGCUGCUAUUUUGUCCCCGCUAAACACUGCUGAGGCCAGAGAAGAUCCCUUGGGUCAGUGCACAACUGACAAGAACUAUUACUGAAAAUGGAGUCAGCCAUCUCUCAAGCCUUCCAGGAAGAACUCAUCUGCUUCAUUUGCUCGAGCUACUUCACAGACCCAGUCACCAUAAAUUGUGGCCACAGCUUCUGUCGGGCCUGCCUCCACCUGUCCUGGGAAGACAUCAAAGUUCUUGUCCAUUGCCCUAUAUGUUGGGAACCAUCACAGCAGAAGGACUUAAGAACAAACAUUGUACUGAAGAAGCUGGUGACCAUCGCUGUGUAUGAGCACUGUUUAUUGAACAUUGAUAUUCAUUAUUCCUUACAGGAGAAACUUUUAAAAAAAAUGGCAUCUUUAUGGGAGAAGAUAGAUGAAAAUCAGAAGAAUUUAGAGGCAGAGGACAGUAUGAUAACUCAGUUCAGAGAGCACUUGACGCAGCGGGAAGACAUGAUCAGGACAGAAUAUCAGAAAUGGAAUCCAGGUUUUGAUGACUUCUUACAAUGGAGUGAGCCAAUGCAGCUUAGCAUGCCGCAGGCUAUGAAGCCCGAGCUCAGUGCCUUACCCAUCAUUGGACUAACUGAACAUUUCCAAUCCUUCCAAGCUCCAGGACAAGUCUUCUUCCCAGAACAAAAUGCUAUCACUUGGAAGACCACCUUAUUGAAUUACAUGAGAAGAAUCAGCUUCAGACCUCACCUUCAGGGCCCAUCUGUUGAUAUUCCUGGAUGCUAUACCGUCUUCUGUGGAUCAAAAUGUUACAUCUCAGGGAAAUAUUACUGGGAGGUGGUAGUGAAGGACUCUUUGGACUGGGUUGUAGGUGUCUGUACAGAUUCCUCAUUUAGGAAGGAAAACCUAUGUGUUGGAUGUAUGCUUCUACUUCUUGCCUGUGUGAAGGAGGGUAAUCAUUGCAAUCUCCUGACAUCAUGGCCAGUUAUCCAUCUCUACAUACAGAAGCCAGUGGACCGGGUUGGUGUGCUCCUUGAUUGUGAUGAUGGAUCUUUAAGUUUCCUGGAUGUUGCCAGGAGUUCCCUCAUAUACAAGUUUCCUUCUGGAACCAUCAAUUUCCCUGUCCAGCCUUUCUUCUGCACUGACAAGACAAUAUAAUAAGAAGGUGUAGUGCAGCAUUAUAGUGUAUUUUAGUGAUUUCCUACUGUAAUGUUCCAUCCUGUUUGCUGUUAAAUAAUAAAAUACCAUUAAAUGAA